AUGAAGAACAGCCAGGCGGCGGAGAUGUGGAAGAAACUUGACGAGGAGGAGCAAGAGGAGUGGCUGGACUUGGCUGCCGAGUACAACACGAAGCCACCGCCUCCGGACUUUCAGCGAGACUACGCAAACAAGAAUAUGGUCCACAUCGUCGAAGAGUUCAUCAAAUUCAUGUUCCGCGUUUGUGGUGCCGCGGUCUUUGUAUACACCACCCGCCCAGCUAUUGGCGGUCAGGUCAAUACGCAUUUCGACGACACCACACAGUACAUGGAGACGGCCGACGCCUUGCAAAAGCACCAACUCUGGGACACGAACACGAAGGUGGCCUGCUUGGAGACCUUCAGUAGGCUGCUCGGCAUGAUCGGCGCUCAGAGACCAAAACCUAUUCCGUCGGCAACGGCGGGAUCGCUCAUCCACCGUGGCAUCAAACACAUGUACGGUCUACCGCAGCCAUUUCACUCUAGUCACAAUGGCAAGAAGAUGACGAGCAAAGAAGUUUACGCCCACGGUUGCGACUUUUUCCGGCUCCAUCUCAAAGACUAUUUAACGUCCGAAUUCAAGGAUAAGUUCGACUGCAUGAGCAAGAUGUCGAUCAAGGCUCAGAAUAACUGGUUCCAGUACAUCCUCCAGACAGAGGCAUCAUUGCCGGCACCGGAAGAUUACGCUGAGCCUGCCCGGGGGAGUACCGAGCACUGUAUGUGGACGACGUUACCGAGAGCGUUUCCCGGAAACGGUGCCGAAGCUGGUCCGUCCAAAAAGUCUAGGCGGGGCGGCAAGUCCAAGAGGAACACGGAUGGCGAGUAUUCCACCGGGAAGCGUACGAGUCGUAAACGGGGCAAGACGGCGAAGCGCAAGGGCAAGGGCAAAGGGAAGGGACCCUCCUCCUCCGACGAGGAGAACGACAACUUCUUCGAGAACGAGGCUGAUAAGGAGGACCGAGAAGAGGACGAGUUCGAAGAGCUCCAAUCUGGUGAUGGUGAUCACGACGAGUCCGGGGACGAUACCGACAGUGACAAGGAGGGUCGGAAGAACGAGGAGGAAGACGAGGAUGGCGACGGCGAUGAGGUUCGGAAGUCGCUCGAGGACACCGGCAUUGACGAGACACCCACUGCUGCGUCGGAAGACUAUGACGGCCCAGGGUACGUCGACGUGAGGACACCACCGCCGUCAGGCCUCCGUUCGCCGGUUGUGCGUCGAACAACCGUACUUCCGGCGGAGCGUCCGGCACCGUAUGGUGUCAAACCCGGCGGGGUCGUCCCGUUCCUCGAGAGCUUGUGCGCCGAGACGCAGUACCAGAACCUCCUGACCCGUGUAGCCAAGGCGCUCGAGACGAAGGUGGACAUUCCACCCAUUCCAGCCGCUCCGUGGGCAACAUGGGCUAACGUCCACGGGUUUGUUGGCCAUGAUCUCUACAACGACGCACAAGAGGUGGUCCGACUGCUCGACUGGAUCGGCGAUCAAUCGGUCCGCGAGGAUCUUGACCGCGUCUCGGUGCAAAGGAUCUGCUUGGUGUUCGGACUCCUCGCCCGAGACUCCCGUCAAGCGAACGACUUCCGAGAAGAGUCCCCUCCGCCGGAAUUCGACAGCGGAGAUGAUUUCGGGCAGAGCGCCUUGACACUAUUGCGUUGCGGCGCAGGUAAUCUCCUCAAAGGAUCCUUCCCCGAGCGCAUGAAUGUCCUCUGCGAUAUGAUGGAGCUGACGCUCGAAGCUGGGUGGAAGCCGAAACGGACCGGUCCGAUGCCACGCCCAGUGAAGAAAAAGGGGAAAGCUGCGGACAACGGUGCUGGACCAUCCUCCUCGACAUUGCCCGGCAAUGGAACAACCGACGAAACCGAGGGAACCACCGGCACGAAGGUUGCGGGGGCUGCGCCCAAGCAGCUUCAACAACCACCGCGGCGGUCCACACGUGCAGUCCAGGUCACUGCCGCGGGGCUCGCGGCGGGAGUCAAGAUCACGUCCACUCCGCCAACCAGAGCAGUGGAUGUACCGAAGCAGGCGCCAGGGACAGCCGGCGAGGGUGGCCAACUUCGGAAGCGUACAAAGACCCAGUGA